UCUGUUUUAUUCCAGGCCCAGCGCUGGCGUAAUGAAAACUAUGAGAGGCCUGUGGACCUGGAAGGGUCCGGGGAUGACGACCCCUUUGCUGAUGACGAAAUGGAUGAUCUCUACUCGGGGUCUGGUUCGGGGUAUUUUGAGCAGGAGUCGGGGAUCGAAACAGCUGUGAGUCUCACCACGGACACUUCCAUCAAGCUCCCCACCACUGCAGCAGUGCUGCCUGUCACAUCUGUCCAGCCGGUGGCAACUCCCUUUGAAAUGUUCCCAGCAGAAGAAACCACCCCGGAGCAGGUGACCAGUGUCUUGUAUAUCCCCAGGAUGACAGAGGCACCAGUGAGUCCCACCUGGAAAGCAACUACCACCAGUACUACUGUCAGCAUUACCCCUAUUAUCGCUACAGCUGCUACCACUGCUGCUGCUGCCGCCGCCACCACCACUACCACCGCAGCUCCCACUGCCAAGUCAACCACCACCCGGAGGAUCCUGCCCCACUUUGUCACAACGACAGCUACAACACAGGCCACUACCUUAGAAACCCCAACCACAGCUAUGAUGGAAGUCAGCAUGGCAACAGAAGCCACCACAUCCCGCCUUGUCACCACCAGUGCCGCAAGGCCUAGAUCUGUGCCAAAACCGAGCACCACCAGGACCACGGACUUGACAGAGAAAAGCACCACGCUGCUGCCUGCUGCUGCUACUGUGGCACCUACAGAGGCACCUCAGACAGAGCCGCUGGAUGUGUCCACAGUCAUCGACAAUGAGCUGGAGGUUCCCGUCAGCGGAGGGCCUAGCGGGGACUUCGAAAUCCAUGAGGAGGAGGACACCACUCGGCCGGAGCUCAAUAAUGAAGUGAUCCCUGCUGUUACCUUGGCAGCGGGGCCGGGACUGGGGAAGAAUGCAGAGCCCGGCCUCAUAGACAAUACGAUAGACUCUGGGAAUUCAGCUGCGCAGCUGCCUCAGAAGAACAUCCUCGAGAGGAAAGAAGUGCUAAUAGCUGUCAUUGUGGGAGGGGUAGUCGGGGCGCUCUUUGCCGCCUUCCUCGUCAUGUUGCUCAUCUACCGGAUGAAGAAGAAGGACGAAGGGAGCUACACGCUGGAGGAGCCAAAGCAGGCGAAUGUCACGUACCAAAAACCCGACAAGCAGGAGGAGUUUUAUGCAUAAAAAGAACCCAGAGUGCCUCUCUCUCUCUCUCUUUCUCCCUCUCACUUUCUAGUUCAACCUUCCUAUCUCUCUCCCUCUCUCUCCCUUUCUCUCUAGCUCAUCCAAUCUCUUGCUCUCUUUCUGAUCGGACUGUGAGUUUAAAAAAAAAAAUCACACACGCAACAACUAAAAAGAAAAGGAAAAAAAAUCUUCCAUAUAAAAUAAAUAAAUACUAAAUAAAUGUGUCACAGAUUUGAGAUGAAUCCCAUUAACCUUCCUCCAGCGGAAGAAGCAUUCACAGGGACCACAGCACGAGGAGCGAGCGGUCAGCUAACCUGUGCCUAUGGGACAGUU